AUGGCAGGCGCCUACCUCGCAGCCGCAGGCAUCAACCUGGAUGAAGAGAUGUCCAAGAUCCAGUUCGGCGCUUCACCGCCUCCUCAGCAGUCCUCGUCACUCCUUGACGCUCCCCACGCCUCUCCGUCAUCAUCCACACCCCGUGCCCCCCUUUCCCGCGCCCUCACCAAGGUCCUUGGCGUCCGCCUCCCGCGUAAACCGCCAAAAACGUUCUGGGACGUCUCCAUAUCAGAGGGUAUGAUUGAGUCCAUAACGCCCCACUCCCCAGCCGCCCGUCUCGGCCUCCGGCCCAACUCCUCAGUCCUCGACGCCCACGAGGCACUCCUGGCACCAAGUCUCUGCCACGCACACAUCCACCUCGACAAGGCCUUCCUCCUCUCCGACCCCAAGUUCUCCGAUCUGGAAGUUACAGAUGGUUCGUUCGAAGAGGCAAUGACGCUCACCACGGCCGCGAAGGAGCGUUUCGACGAAGAAGACCUGCUCCGCCGCGGCAGGGCGCUGGUCUCAGAGUCCCUCGCCUUCGGCGUCACGGCCAUGCGCGCGUUCGUGGAAGUGGAUGGCACGGUCGGGAUGAAAGAUCUGGAUGCUGGGCUCAAGCUCAAGGCCGAGUUCGAGGGGCGGUGCGAGAUCCAGAUCAUCGCGUUUGCGCAGCUGGCGCUGUUUAGUGGGAGCGAUGGUGGAAACGAGGUGAGGAGGCUGAUGGGGGAGGCGGCGGGGAGGGAGGGGGUCGAUGGGGUGGGGAGUACGCCGUAUGUGGAGGAGGAUGGGGAGAGGGAGGGAGCGAAUCUGAGGUGGAUUUCUGACCUGGCAGUUGAGCAUGGCAAAAUGUUAGACCUGCACAUGGACUAUCAUGUCGAUGUCGAGAAGCAGCCGUUGGUUUGGGACGCGUUGGAGGUUCUUAGAGAAGCUGACUGGGACGGUAGACGAGGCAAGGGUGUUUGUAUGGGCCACUGUACGCGGUUGACUCUGUUUGUGGAGAGCGAGUGGACGAGGUUGAGGGAGGAGAUAGGGAGUAUGCCGGUUUCUUUUGUCGGUCUGCCAACUAGUGAUCUGUACAUGAUGAGGACGGAGGACGGCAGGAGGGGGACGCUGAACGUACCGGAUAUGAUCGAGAAGUAUGGUCUCCAAGCGGCCGUCGCUGUCAACAACGUUGGCAAUGCUUUUACGCCGCAGGGCAGUUCGGAUCCGUUGUCUGUGGCAAGUUUAGGAGUCGGACUGUACCAGGCAGGGACGAAGAAGGACGCGGACGUCCUCUACGAGUGUGUAUCCUCACGGGCAAAAGAGAUCAUCGGGCUCGCACACUCGAGUCUUGACCUGAAUCCUGGAGAGCCAGCGGACUUUGUGCUUUACGAGAGAGAAGAGGUAGCUUGGCGGACGAAGAAGAGCAUCGCGGAAGUGGUGUAUGAUCCGACGAGCAGGAGGAGGACGAUCAAGAGCGGACGCCUGGUGGCAUAG